AUGCAAAAUACAGAUGCCUGUGGACUCUCAGAUGUUCCACACAUAGAGAGCUUACAAGAAAAGUCCCAGUGCGCGCUCGAAGAGUACUGUAGGAGUCAGUACCCAAACCAGCCCACGAGAUUCGGGAAACUACUACUAAGACUGCCUUCCCUUCGAACAGUCAGUUCUCAAGUAAUAGAACAGCUAUUCUUCGUAAGGCUAGUAGGAAAGACGCCCAUAGAGACUCUCAUUCGGGAUAUGCUACUAUCAGGCAGCUCCUUCUCGUGGCCGUACAUGGCGACCAUGUGA